GCAUAAAACGUUCGCACCACGUGAGACAUCAACAUAGAAUGACGCACAUCCUUGGCGCACAGCGAUGCUAAAGCUAAGCUACGCCAACGGCGGGCUGCGUGUGUGUCGUAGGUCGCUGUAUGACAUCUUAUCUGUGGUUAAAUAGUCCUGGACCGCGUAGAAGGCCGCGCUACCAUUUUCUGGUAUCUGUCUGGGAUGUAUGGAUGGAUAGUUGACGGAAUCUCGUCGCUGUUUGAGCCCGUUACGGGGCAAAACCCCACCGACUGGCCCGGGAAAGGUAACGUUAACGACGACGGACCCACGCGACCUGGCGUGGGAGCGCGAACGCAACGGCAGGAGAACCACAGCAGAGCAGCGAAAAGGAACUACCAGAGUGUUGAUGUUGCAGACGGUGUUUGCCAGAGUGACCAGUUAGAGGUGAAGAGACGGAGGCGAGAUGUAGUCGUUAGCUUUGUGAAGAAGACGGUGGCCGGGGUAGCAAGUCUGCUCAGGCUGCGGAACCCGCUGACGACCAGGGGUGAGAAGCCCAGACAUUAUGAAGACACGCAGCCCGUUACUCUGAUGGGGAUAGAUGAGCUCCACACCUCGUGGCUGAACAGUACUGAGUGGAGAAUGAGUAAACCAGUAGUCGUUGUGAAUGAGAGGAGUGGGAAGAAUCCCUUUCAGAGCACCUCGUCUCCUUUAAUGAGGAAAUACAGCGGGGCAGGGCUGUCUGCAGGGCUUCCCGACAGGGGGAAGGAGAGGAGAGGCUCUCUGCAGCUGCUGCCCUCCAGACCUGCUCUGAGGGUGGGAACCACGAACCCUGAUCUAACCUGUAUUGGCUUUGGACACCACCGCUGCUACAAGCCCAGCCUUACUGUGGAAGAGGCCAUAAAGCAGAACAAUAAGGAGCACUACAGGCGCUUGCUGGAGAUGGUAUCGGAACAGUACAGCAAAAGCCAACCACUACCUUUCAACCAAACAAAACCGCAAGAUGAGUUGCUUUCACAGGUUGAUCACAAAACUGCUGCUUCAGGAAAAGCCUUUGAAUCAGUGUCCAGGAAGAUGGGAUACACGGCUUCCCCAAAUGCGUUUACAUGGAGAAAUGCAUCUGCAACCAAGGACAGGUGGGGGAGCUUGACUUUUAGUAAGACCUUCAGUGGAGCCCUUGAGGACACGCAGCCUGUUCGAUGUGCAAUGCAGAAACAGGCAGCAGAUUUGGACCUUUCUACAGAAGUAGCAACUCGCCUCAAUCUCGUGGACAGAGAGACUCCUGAUGUCAGUCACCCAGACGCACAUUCUGCACACACGGCAUAUACAUGGCACAGUGAUGAGGACACACCCAGGCUGACCAAGGAAAUGGCAGCGGAGGUGAGUUGUGCUCUGGCUCAGAGUGACCCCAACCUUGUUCUCAGUGCAGCUUUCAAACUACGCAUCACACAGAGAGACCUGGCCACACUGCAGGAGGGCGGCUGGAUCAACGAUGAGGUGAUUAACUUCUACCUGUCCCUGGUCAUGGAGCGAUGUUCUGGUGAAGCAGCAGGAUUGAAAAUCUACUCGUUCAGCACCUUCUUCUUCCCAAAGCUGCGAGGUGGAGGAGGCGGGCAGGCUGGAGGACACCCUGCUGUAAAGCGCUGGACCAAGACUGUCGACCUUUUCCUCUACGACCUCAUCCUGGUCCCUCUGCACCUGGGCGUCCACUGGGCAAUGGCUGUAAUUGAUUUUAAGUCAAAGACAGUGAUGUCAUAUGACUCGAUGGGACAGAGGCACGAUGAUGUCUGUAGUCUUUUACUACUCUACCUUAAAGAGGAGCACAAAGCAAAGAGAGGCAGAGAGCUUGACAGCCCCAAGUGGACUGUUGGAAGCUUGAGGGCCACUGAGAUUCCCCAGCAGAAAAAUGGCAGUGACUGUGGCGUUUUUGUCUGUAAAUAUGCUGACUAUAUUGCAAAAGGAAGGCCUCUCACCUUUAAACAGUGCCACAUGCCUCUCUUCAGGAAACUGAUGAUUUGGGAAAUCCUCAAUCAGAAACUGCAAUAGAGGAUCGCAACAAUCAAAAAAACAAAAAUAGCCUGACAACAGUGACUUUCUCAAUGGGCGCAACUACAUGGUGAAAGAAAAGAAUAUGGCUGGGCCAAUGAAGUGGUCUCAACUGACUGGAAUCUAACGCACUGUUACAGGUCUGGAGAAAUGAUAACACUAGUCUUAAAAGGUGACUGUCCCUUUUUCUGUCUGGGAUGUAUUGACACUUUGUAAUCUCUGAGUUGUAAUUGGAGACAUUAUUGGGAUGGAAGAACGUGUAUGUAUUGCACAAACUUUGGCACUACUGACUGGCUUUUUUUUUUUUUAUUGACUUUGGAUUCUUGGUUCUUCUGUUUUUGAAGUUCUGCCUGAAGUGCCUUCAGCCCUUUUAACACUGAGCUCAACUUGGAGCAUGCUUUUGCAUAUUUGAAGAAAUCGCUUGGCCACAUACAACUCAAAAGCCUGGCUCAUAAUUUGUUGGAUUGGAUUGUUGCAGUGAUAUUUUCCACUUCCAAUUAUCAGAGUGGACAGCAACUAACUUCUAUGCUAUUUAGUCAUUACUCUCAAUUUCUGUGAAAUAGACAAUGAAAAUCUAAAUACCUCCUUUCCGGUCCCCUUUUGAGAGAAAUCGUGCAUGGUUGAAUGCCUGUUUGUUUGUUUGUUUGUUUUGCGAUUAUUUAUGACUUGACUGGAUAAGAAAGGGUUUCGGGAUGUGUUUAUCGUAUGUUUUUCUCCAUGAGUGGAGCAUUAAUAGUUGUCUCCCCACAUGUAACUUAAGGCGCUGUCACUUCUGUGAAUCUUUUCCAUGAGCAUAUUGCAAGAGGCUACUUAGGGCUAAAACAUUGACUUACAGUAUAGUCUACUGCAUAGCAAACUACUGUACACACAUGCAUGUUUGAGUUCAUGCUUUAAAAAUGUGAUUUUCUUUUUUUUCUCCCUGUAAUAAAGUACUUCAUUUUUUUUAAA